CAGCUGUUGAUCUGACAGUUGCCUACGUUUUGGAUUUUGGAAAACCAGCAGGAAUAGUUUUUUAUUCAUAUUGCAUCUGUUAAUUUAUGGAUUCAGUUACGUUCUCAGAAUGCAAGUGUAAGAGAAUUCAAAUAUUGUGAAUGAGAGUCCUACCAUUUAGAUAAAAUAAUGGAUACUUCAGAUAGCGAAUACUUUGAAAGUGCUGAUGAGGAUAUGCAAUCGGAUGGGGAAGAAAGAAAUAUUUUAAAAUCAGAAGAUGUACACGGGAACUAUGAAAUUGACGACAGAAAUCCUAUGUUGACGAACAGUUGCAUGGAAAGGACACAAAAUGAAGAGGGAAAAAUUGACCAAAGUCAAGACAUAAAUUAUUCAAAGAAUUCGAAUGAACCUAGUUUAAUUUCAAAAUUUAAUAAUAUACAAUUAAAGUGUGAAGAUCCCUCUAGUCAUGCAGAAAAAAAUGCAGAGAUUGAAGAUUCAUGUAAAGAAUCAAAAGAUUCAAAUUUAGCUGUAGAUGAGAAAAUUGAUAACACAGAUACAACAUUAAAGAAAAGUCAAAGUAACAUAACAUCUGAGUUGGGUUGUGAAACUACCAAGAAACUCGAAAAGUGUGAGGUACCUCCAAAAAAAGUUACUGAAAAUAUUGAAGAGGUCGAGCCAGUUCUUGAAAAAAAAAAUUUGCCUGAUCAUGGGGAUGCACAGAUAAAUGAAGAGGAAAAUUUGUGGGAGGAUGAUGAGUUAGAUUGGGGAGCGGAAGCAAUAAUUGAAAACAAAACAUCUGUGGAACAAGUUUCUUCUAGUAAUUAUGAAAACAAAAAAAUAUGUGAUGAGAAGCAGAAUAUUGAAUCAGAUAGUUGGUCUAGUUGGAGUAAUUGGGGAGUAUCUGUCCUUUCAACUGCUACACAGAGUGUGUCUUCUAUAACUUCUCAAAUAACUAACGUAAUCGAAACUGGAUUAGGUGCAGUUGACCCAGAAGAGUUGGCUAGGAUUGAGCAGGCAGAGAUGAAAAAGUCAAAACAGAAAUCCUUUGUGCAGGAAGGGGAAAAACUGGAAAAUACAGACUCCAUUGAAGGAUCUUAUGGAAGCUUUGGCUUGGGAAAUCUGGUGAAAAUGGUGGAAAACACAGGAACAAAGGUAAUAAGUGGUGGAUUAGAUACUCUUGAAACAAUUGGUAAAAAAACUAUGGAAGUCCUCCAAGAAGGAGACCCAGGUUUGAAGAAAAAAAGAGCUUUUCUCAAUAUAGAUCAAGAAAAACCAGUACUCUCCCAAAUUCUUAGAGAAGCAAAAGAGAGGGCUGAAAAUGAAUCAAGAACUCUGGAAGAACAUUCAAUGAAAAAGUGCAAGAAUUAUGAAACUCUUUUUGAUGACCAUCAUGGUUUGGUGCAUUUGGAAGCAUUAGAAUUGCUAUCGAAACAAUGUGAAAUAAAGUUGAAAAACAUUCAGAGUUCUAUGACUGGAGAUGAGUUCACUGAUUUUUGUGAAACGAUGGACCAAAUCAAAGAGCUUUGUGAAUUACCAGACGAGGAAGAUGAAGAACAGAUGAGUCUCGAUGAAAUAAAGAAACGCUUGGAAAAAGCAGUAUCUGAAAUGAAUAUUCAGAUAACCUAUGAAAAGUUGGUGGCAAACUGGGAGGAAAUGGAAGUUUGGCUCACUACUCUCGACUUGGAUAUUUGCGAUGAAAAGGAGGUCCACCAGCAGGCUAUUGAAACAUUAGCCGAGAUGACUUCUAGAGCAAUGGAGCAGUUUCACAAAACAGGAGAGCUUUUAUUGAUAAAAGAACGUCGAAGUACAGCAGAUGAAGCAGAUAGUUUGGUUCAGAUAACAGCAACCCUUAUUUCUCUCAUAGGAAUAGUGGCAGCCAAAUUUUCUGAAAAACUAAACAGUAAAGUCGCAAAUGAUAGGACAGUUAGUGGAUUGAUAACCAAUGUAUUUUUCGAGGCUGCCAAUAGUAGCUCUUAUAUUCAAGAUGCUCUUCAACUUCUUAUACCAGUUUUGCAGGUGGGAGCUAUUUGAAUUAUGUCCUAUUGUAUUCAUUUUAUCAAGCCAAUUGGUAUGUAGUUGAAUGAUCCAAGAAAUUUCGUUGAGAAUGUAAUGUUACAUGUGUAAAAUAUUUUAAGUUAAGUUUAAGAUAGGUAAAAUAAAAAAAGUAUUUUAUGAUGUAGAUUCAGUGUAUUUUUGGCUCAAUAAGAAAAUAGCAGAUAUUAUCAUAAAGUACUGUUUGAAAUCAUCUUGCAUUCAUUUGAUUCCCUGUAUACAAUUAUCUAAAAUAUUUCCAGAGUGAUUUGUUAAAAAAAUUUUGUACAUUUCUUAAAAAAAAAAUAAAAUAGCCUAACUACUGCAAAAACUA